AGCUGUUAGAACAUACGAGCGACAUCAAGAUUUUUACCAAUCGUUACAAGUACAAAAGCUGCGAAAAAUUCUACAGAGCAAUCACAUGAAAUUAUACCGCGUACAACUGCGGAACAAAAAUGUCAAUGACUUGCUUUUACCACCACCACGACGCCGACCUAUAUGGUCUAGACGGCAAGAACACCCCCCUGUUCCCGGGAGACCUAGAUCAGUUGGACAACAAUCUUUACGGCGCUGAGCCUGGUGCAUCGUCUCCCGCUGCAGUGCCUCUUGUGACAAUGCACAACUCUCCCUCAUCCUCACUUGUAUAGCAGGAGCAGCAACAAAAGCAAUGCCACAAAGGUAGCUUUUGCAUGACAAAUCCACAAAUGGAUUGCAGUCCUGUUUAACUUUAGGCGUCCAAAACUUGUCAUCCGCAGAGUGCUUAAGGUCAAGAGGCGGAUUGUGCGGUAGUUUGCAUGACAAAUAAGGGGGAAGGGGAGUUCUGCAUUGUCAUACCUCUGACUUAUCCGGUUCCCCCCUCGGACGUGUUUUCCACGAAGACGAAAACGCCGCUGAUGAAUGGAAGCGGAAGUGGAAACACAACUUCAACUGCCUCUGGUGCAAAUGACGACGCAAUAGCAGCUCCAUUCUCGACGUCCGCAAAGAAGGCGAAAAAACUGCUCGGGAGCUCGAAAUUAUACAACCUCAUGUUCGGAGGUCGUGGAGACGAGGCUGCUUCGUCUUCUUCAACGGCAGCGAACAAGAAUAAAAAUCUCGGAGAGAUGGACUACAAAAGCAACCCGGCUCCUUUCCGGGAAUACUUCCUGAACAUCCUUGGGAGCUCCGGACUGAAUGAGAAAAUCAGCUCGGAUAUCAGCCGUAAAGAUCAAUCGGGGUGAGGAAUAAUGAGUACCAUCUACUACGCACGACAGCAACGCGUGGCUUCCAAGAAUUGUCAUGUUGUGCUCGUCCACUUGCAAGUGUGCCAGGCAUCCAUUCUUCCAUCCCCAUCACAAGUUUCCAGAGGACCCAGAUCGAUAUUUGCGAUGCAUAUCCGACGGCAACUCCGAGUCCAACACGGGGACCGCUGGUUUGUUAAACGCUUACGAGGUACUAUGUAAGAAAAAAACUGUGUAGUUGUAAAUCUGUGAUGCAGAACAUGCAACAGAGUUACACCUGUCAUGCCAGAGUGCCACGCAGUCCACUUUUCAUGUUUGUUUUCCGUUAGAAGCCACGCAUGACAGGUUUUCUGUUAUGUAGAGCAGAUCUGUGAUGCUGUCAGCCCAAGAAUGUUACACUAACACAGUUUUUUUCUUGGAUAGGUACUCAUGCAGAAAGACUCUACAGCAUCCAGUAGUGCCGGCGGCGCAACAAGCGGGCAAACAUCAGCUGCUUCCGCCUCGUCUUCCGUAGCUGCAAAUAACCUCGACACGAUAGCUGAUUACAAUCAAUUGCCGCAGAAAAAAGACCUUUUCUGGCUGGAUUUGAAACCCAAGAACAGCAUUCCGACCGGGGGAGGAGGUGGGGGAGUUACCGUGGCGCAGGAGAGCAACAAAUCGGUGGAUCAUGUCGAAAUAUCCUGUGAGAAUGUUGCUAAUCGUACUCGUAUCAACUUGAAUUCAUUUUGCAUCAAGUAGGAACGUGCGUGGCACUGGCAGAUUUAUUGCGGUCUUGGUCUUGUAUUCAAUUAUUUUACCCUAAUCCGCAUCUAAGAAUGCAUUUUUUUCAUGAUAUUCGUAUAAUUUGUUCGAGUGGGUGAAUGUGGAGUUUCACUAGUAAAACUAAAAAAAUUUGAGGCGGGUGCUUUUGGAAAAAUGCAUAGCGGACUUCUAAAAAAGCAGAAAACGUCGAACAGCCUGAAGAUCGCGGGUUUCUCUUAUCCUGAGUAGAAACAUCUCCACCCUAUAAUCAAGAUGGGAAAACUGCUAGACAAACCUACGAACUUAGGUUGUUGCGCAUGACAAGUUUGGCCUCAUAUUGUAAUGCUGUUUAGCUCGUUCGGAAGCAUCACAAAUCUAGCCUACCAUGCUGAUUGGAGCAUCACAAACUCAAGAACACGAUUAGAAAUUGCUUCUCAUGGGGCUCCGCAUUAGAAACAUUCUGAGCAUGCGUUUUUGCAUUACAACUAGGGGGUGGGGCCGUUUUUACAUAGGAUAUCUCUUGCGUGCCAUUCUCCCCGCCUCGAACAAAGUGAAACAAUUAUCCUGAGUAAAAACGUCCCCACUCCAUAGUUGUCAUGCAGAUUUGCAUCUACAGAAACCUUUGUAAUGCGGGUCCCAAUGAGAGGCAUUUCUAUUCGUGUUUUGGGAUUUGUAAUGCCGAAAAUAGGAUGAGCAGACGGAUUUGCGAUGCGGCUGUCCUUCAGAACCUGCACUACACUACGGACUGCAGCUUGUCAUGCGUGGCUCCCAAAGCUUCUAGAUUUGUGUUGCUAAGUUCCCAAAGUGACUAUGGGGUGGGGACGUUUUUACAUAUGAUAGCAACGCCUCGAGGAACUGGAGCUGGAGCGAUUUUUAGAUCUGAAUUUGCAGAAGCAGAAGGGGUAUGCAUUGCAAAAGUAACGUACUACGUACAAAUUGCAUUACAAAUUUGCUCAGCUUGAAGAAUGGAGUUUGUCAUCCUGAUUUCCCUUGGGAAGCAGAUUUGUCAUGCAUAUCAUAUCUGCAAGCCGUACGAGUGCGAUACUUUUGCAGUUGAUAAGCGGCUCGGGUCCUACGCCUACAAAGACGUCUUCAACGUGCGCGGGUGGAAUUUCAGCAAGGUCGGUCUAUCAACCGCAAAUAUGUCUGGGUCUGGAAGAUAAUUGUCAUGCAUAUUUUGCAUGACCCAGGAUGUCUGUAAUGCACGACCUAGCAUCUUCACAGAUUUUUAGAGAGCUUCCUGAUGCCCAAUCCGCACGAGAAAUAAUGCCCCCGCCUCCGCGUAGCAACAAUGAACUGGACUCCUGUUGCUGGUCAACAUGCACUACAAAUUUCCUAUAGAAUCCAGUGCUAUCGUCCGGAUUUUGAGUCCACACGAAUAUGCAUGAAGUCAUCUCCUCUGAGUCCUCAGAGCGAGACUCUUUUUUUUUGGAUUGUGUUUGGGCCUAGAACUAAAGAGCAGCCUUUUAAAGCCAUGCGCCAUGCUAAGGAUGUGGUUGCACGUAUGGCAGCUGCGUGUAACCGAACUGGCUAGAAUGGUAGUUGUAGUUUCCUAAUUUUAUCAAAGCAUCGGAUGAAGGAGGUAGUACAGUGAAGACUAAACAGUGGAAAAGGUAGAGCGACAUUGCCGAAAAACUUCAACCAGCGCCGAAAGUCUUAACGAGCUGACUCUUGGCGCUGAUUUGCUGUUUCUGAACCCCGUUGCAGUGGGGGGAGGAAAACAGCAGGCAGUGUCAUCCCGGGCGUCCGUUCCCCCGCAGGCGUGAAUGUGAGGGACGAUGUAAGUAGGAGAAAUACAUAUCUAAACAAGGACCUGGGGGUUGUAUCUCCAACUGCCAGGCGGCAACCCAGCGAGUGCAGAUUCAGCGGACGCAAGCCAAACGAACACAAGAGGAGGAACGAAGUCCGAGACGGCAAGAACAGCAGCAGCCACAGCCUUCCUUCUAUGCCGUUUUAUGACUUCUGCAUGCCUUUUGUCUGUAAUUUGUAUAAAAAAAAAAAAAUUUCCUAUAGAAUCCAGACACAGCAUCACAAGUAUGGACGGACAAAACCUUAUUAAUUCCGGAUUUUAUAGCUAUAAAAAUAGCUAGAUUUAACUAUGCAUUUUUUAAGGUCGGUUUCCGUUUGGCAGCUCCAUCCCUUCGUCUUCGUUUCGUUUCUGUUUCUUUUCCUUCCGUCUCCUCAUUGGUUCGGUCAGUUGCGGUCUCGAUAGCAAGAGAAGAAGCUGCUAUUUGAUCGUCGCGUUUUCGAUGUGUUCGCCGCAGAAAGAUCUUGAGGCGCAUGAUCCUGGCGACGUGGUUUUGUUGAUCUAGAUCGCGCUACAUGUGUUAAAGCAAGCGAUCAUUUGUGUGGUCUCGCACAUGAUGUCGCUUCACGUACUACAUUGCGGUGGCGAAAGUUGAUUUUCGUGGAUGGCAAAAAACAAGAUCUUCAUUGCCAGCAGCCGAGAAAAACAUAUCGAGAGUUUGAAGCUAUUCUGAGCUUCUACAUUGACAGAAUGUUUUUGAAAGUGCACAGCUCGACCCCCUUUCACAUGCAUUACAAAAAUUACAGCAAGUAGUGAGUAGCUCUGAGCCGUGCUUCGUGGGCCUUUAUGUUUUUUAUUUUGCCGGUGUUCGCUUACGGAUCGCUGAAAAGCAGACCACUAUGAAAAAAUCUUAAAGCCACAACCACAGCGCGAGUCUCGAGCUCGUGUGUGAUCCACAUCUCGACGUAGUUCUUAUGAUUUUUGUGAAGCGGCUGCUUUUCGUGUGUUGAUUGGAGGGGAACGAGCAGCAUUGUGACCAAUUUCGUUCGUAUCGUUUUGAUCGUGGGGCGUCGUCGUAAAUGUGUGCGUCAAAGUCGCAAGCUCAUCUACUGGGUCGUCGUUCCGCAAUGCCAGACUUUCAAAUAAAGACUAAGUUGAAGCUCAGCUGUCGUGGUCCUCGGAGUCGAUUUCGACGUGUGUGUGAAAGCAUCCGUGUAGCCGUGCGCGUACAAGUAGCGACAAAUCUCAGCAUCGUGUCGUUGGGGGGAAGCUAUCGUUGCGCAGCUGUUGGGCAUCGUGAGACGUGGGCCCUGUGUUAGUGGUUUAGAUUUUGACUCUGACGUGGUUUUCUCAUAUGUAGCCAGAAGUUUAUCAGAGAUGUCAAGGGGCAUCAGACUGCAAUAUUUGUAUUAGUAUUUCAGAAGCAUUCUCACGCUGAAUAGAAGGAAACUAAGAAGCGAAGCUCUCAUCUUUGACAAGCAGUAAAAUUAGUACACAUCUUGAUCUUUUUGAUGAGCCGAAGAAAAACAAAAAGUAAAAACACCUUCCUAGUUUUCCUCCGUCUACUACUGCUUUUCUUUUCUUUCUCGGAUAGAACUGCCAGAGCAUCAAAUGCAACAAUCAAUGGUCGUGAUGUCCUUCCGAGGUUGUGAUGAGCUGGCACCCGCUUAGGUGGGGGGUUGCGUGGUCUCUUUCGUCAUUGCUGCAACUGUCGGCGGAAUAGCAGCUCUUGUUCAAAUUUUCCACACGUGUUGGUCCAGGAUGCCACGACGUGCAGCCGAGAAGGGCGACGGGGCAGACGCCGGGUUUUUUGGUGAACAAGUUGGCGCUUCGGGCAAACAAUACUCCAACUUGCAGAGGCUUCUUGAAGCUUAUUUCGACCCGAAUGACAAGAACAGCAACACUACUUCCGGCGCGUUUCUGAAACGCAAUAGGAAGAGCAAGAUCGUUUCCCUCGUGCCAACGUCGGAUACUUUGCGGAAGCGGUUCUCCGCGUUCAAGGCCGACCGCGUGGUCGAAGGCGAGGCAGCUUGGGAACAGUUUGUGCGAGACCAGUGUGACCGGUUCAAUGCGCCGUUCGACCGCGGCGACGCUGCUACGCGGAAGAUCGUCGCAAAACCCAAUCCGAACGCAGCACCAGCUGCGGAAAGUGAGACAGGAGGUAGUAGUGCGUCUGGUUCGCUGGAUGCUGCGCAGGACUUGGCGCUGAACCCAGAAAAGUACUUCAACAACCCCGAGAAGAAGGACAACAACUUCGAGCACCUAAAGUCGACCCGGAAGAAGGAGUACAAGUGGUUCGCACUGGGGAAAAGUUUAGGCGGAACCGCAAAGGCGCGGAACAAGACCUUCAAAAUCGCCAGCAGUGCCGGCCUCUUCUCCCGGUUCAAAAAGAUUACCCAAGGGCAGGCGGAGCUACGCGUUGAUCACGCGCAGCGGAGCAGUUCCAAGUCCUGCUUCAAUCUCCCGCGCCGGAAGAAAAGAGUCGUCAUCCACCGCCACGUUGAGGUUUCCGAGUCUGAGGCAGAGGACGAGGAGGACGAUAUUCUUGCCGACGAAACGAUCGUGAAGAAACAGGGCAACGGGCGGGUGCGGGUCAUGCGGGAAAUUGCCGAAGAGGUUGAGAUAACCGACGCGGAACUUUCCGAAGAUGACGCUCCUUUGGUGCUGCCCGACGGUGGCGACUACAACCUGGACGACGACCAGUUCCAUCAUCAUCGCAACCAGCUGUUCGGUGAUGAUGUGAAGGUAGCAGCCGGCGGCAUAUCGAGGAAAGCAGCAAAAAUUAUCGCCCAGAAAGAUGAGAAGGACAGGAACAAAGAAGCGGACCAGGAGCGAAAGGAGGCAGUUCGGUCGGAGCUGAAGUAUUUCGACGCCGGACGGAUUGCUGCCCGCAACCGGUUGGUUUCGUUCUUAUUGUCAAGCGGCAUCUCCACCGCCGGUGAUGCGAAGUGUAAUGGUGCUGCCCCUGGUACGUCGAAGAACAAGAACAAUAACAGCACCGCUUCCAAAAUCAACAGCAGCCAGAGCGUGAACGUGGGCGGCUUCUCAUCUUCUGGCGCCUUGGCACAGUUAGGGGCGGCUGUGCGCCAUCUGCUGCCAGCAAGUUUUCUCGGGUCCGGUGACUUGGUAUCGGGAGAGCAAAGCAUUCGUGCUACUGACCACGAGUUUCUGCGAAAUCAAGCGGCGCCAUCCAUCUCGCCUGCGGAUAGUGAUAUGAAUAUGUUCGACGACUUCGACUUCGAAGCGGAGUAUCUUCCCCCGGAUCCACCGACCGCGGGGUCGAGCAGCAGCUCCAGUAGUAGUUCGGGAAGCGCAGCCGUCGGCAGUUCAGCAGCACGUGGCGUGCGCGCGUCCAAGUUUACCUUGUUGAAGCAGUUGCCGAGUAAAUCCGUCUUGAAGCAGGCGGAGAAAAAACAGUCUCAACCGGUGGCGGGCAAAAGCAGCAAGGCGGUAAAGAAGAAGGUGGAAACCCUGCUCCCAUCCUUGAGUGGUACCUGAUUUUCAUUUUUAGUUUUACUUUUACAUUUACUAUUAUACCAUGUUACUUUACUUAUACUUUAACUUUUACUUUGCCACGCAGUGGCAGUACCACUACGACUACCAGUAGCAGCUCUUGUUCUUCAACUUCAUCUGGAUCUUGGUGCCGAGCUUCAUCUUCUUCGCGUUCAUUGUCAGUUUCAAACUCGAGGCACUACUCGUAGUCCUAUUGUGAAGCCGAGUUGCAAGUGUAGAACUAGUUUCGAUCGAGAUUCAUACUCUAUUUCUAGUAGUUCUGACUGCAGUAGUAGUUGUGUUUGUAAUGCUAAACAUAAAUCGACCUGUGCUUGUAGUCGAAAGCGGAACUAUUGAAAAAGAAAACGAAAAAAAAAGCUGAAGCAGUCAUGUAAUACGAAUACCACCAGAUGAGGAGGAGGAGCCUGCUGCCCAGGUGGACACGCAGCCGGCGAGUUCGGCUUGCGGAGACAGUGGGGAUGGCUUCGACGCCUUUUUGAACUUUGGCUUCGGCAACGAUGAACAGAAUAGCCAGCCGUUCGGGUCGCUCGGUCAAAACAACUUUCCUUCCACCGCCCCGGACCUGGGAUCAUUUGGUGAUGAAAAUUCGCAUCGUCUGCUGCAGUCCGGCUACCUCUAUGGAACGGGGGUGAAGGGGGAUCUGGGUCAGGCAGAAAACCGGCCGAAGGUGGGGAUACGAAUCUCCCCGGACGCGACCCCGUACGAUGAAAUCAAGGCCCUCAAUUGCUGGGCCACACUCUACAAAAGCGACUGGUACGACCCCAUGAUCGUUUACUCCCACGAUACCGUUUUGCCCACCAUAUCCACCGGCUCCGGCCAUGAAGUUUUUUUACAGGAUUUGUACGAAUCCGCGUGGAGCAUCGGAUUCCCGCUACCCGGCAUGUGGUCGAAGGUGUGUCGCGUCGGUAACAAGCUGCUGAAAAUGCGGCCGUCGCUCAUCUGCUCAUCCGACUCCGCGUCCGACGUGAAAAAAGCAGUCAAGUGCUGGGUCGAGUAUGCCACCGCGCAACGCUUCUACGACCCGGACCAACGGUUGGAGGAGCCGCUCUGGAAUGUGAGCUGGCUCCAGUGCCAGUUGCAUCUGGCCCACAUUGUCGCGAGCACAUUGGUCACCUUGUGUGGAUUAUGCUUUGCAAAAGUAUAAGUAAAGUAUCGCAGUCGCACUAGUAGUAGUAGCACUAGUAGAAAUCGCAUGAGAAAAUCAAAAUUGAAACUCGCCAGCAAUGAUGGCGAGAUUAGAUUUCUCAUGCUGCGUACCAACUAAAAGUUAGUUUGUCAUGCUGAUCAGCAUCAGCAUCAACAUCAGCAGCGGAACUUGUGAUGCAUUAUUUUUCUUGCGACUGCUUUUGACUUUGAGUUUGAGUUUCGUUUUGCAUUUGCUUUUGCUGCGAGAGCGAUACUUACUUUAGCUUUUGCUCAGCAUAGCGAUCGUUGCUGCGGCUGGAUUUUCGCCGAACGUUAUCUGCGGUCUCCAAGACGGUCAAUUUGUGGAUCGCCCCGCGACGGGUAGCGAACGACAGGAAAGGGACAGUCCGGGGGCAAAAAACUACUGAUGAAUUGCUGGUCGAGCUGUACACCGUCGACGACGAAGAAUCGAAGAGACGCUUGCACCACAUGACCUCGGUGGAGCAGGAGAAAUUCCACAAGGAGCGCAUCGCGAGCGACCCCAAAUUGCUCGCGAAGAAGAGGCUGCUGGAGACCAAGCUUCGCUCUUCGGAGUCGGUCGUGAAGCGUGUCACCGGUUUCGUUCGGACGCGCUGGCUUUCGGUGGGAAAGUGUAUCACGGGGCUGUGGAGGCAGCAGGAGAUCAUCGUCCAAAAAGUUCUGGAUAAAAGUGAUGACAAGCUGCAGAAGAAGAGCCGGAAGUUUCUUAACCGGGCCAAAGCUGCCUUCGGGAAGCCUCUGUGGUGGGGCGGGCUCCGCGUGUUGAGUCUCGUCCUGAUUGAGAUAGACCGCGUUGCGGGCGUCGUGAUGCACAGUUGCUCCAAAGAAUUGGACGGUGCCAGCAUACCGGAUUUUGUUGACAGUUUGCCGCGGUGUCACAAGGUCGACUUGUUUCAGCGGGUUACGGAUUUCCUCGUCACCAUCGGCGGCAUGACGGUCCGCGGUCUCGCCACAGAGGGGCUGGCGCCGGUCGCCGCGAUAAUGUUCUGGACCAUGAUACAGGAGAUGGACCUACGACAUUCUCCCCUUCGUGCAUGGCCUUACCGAUUGGCGUUUCUCUUCUCGAAGGACAAAGCGGAGCGUGCGGCAACUAUUCGAGACUUGCUGGCGGCGUGCGCCACCGAGGCGAAGCGGUCGCAGAUGCCACUCGAGGCACUGGAGGUUUGGAAGUUGUUCCGGUUGGAGUUGAAGCAUGUUCUCGAAGCUCUCGAGCAAGGUCGUGUCGAUGUCGGGUGGAGCAAACAGUUCUGCAGAAAUCUGUGUCCCGUCGUCAGGGGCUUCCUCGCUAGCAGUCAGAUCGCCGAAAGUUUGAACAGCACUACUUCCUGGGUAAAGCGGGAGGCCGGCGGUCUCAUCGGCAUUUUGCUGGGAUCCGCCCGCACCUUCUGCAGACGGGGGGCGGGAAAAGAUUUGGACUUCGAGCAGUUCCUCUUCAUCAACGACCACUGCCUGUCGAUCAGUGCAAAUAUGAGAAUUCGGAAGCUGCUGGAGGAGAAGGGGAUCUACGGCGACCCGCUGAUUUCGGACCGAAGCGACUUCUUGCUGCGAAACGAGGUCCGGCCGGAAGAGAAUCCGCAUCGUGUGGUUGCGGAGCUGUUUGAUGUACUUGCCCGGCCUGACUGUCCCGAGGCGGCGCCUCUCGUCGGGGGUGAUAAGGCGAGGGGUGGGGCCGCGCGCACAAACUACGGUGGUCAGGCCCUGAACAUGAAGGUCUUCGACUUUCGGGUUAGUGACAUUCUGGGAAUGCCUUUGUGGAACCGCGAUGGAACGCCCGUGAAGAAGAUGCAGUACUACUUCGUGCUGAAGAAAACCAAGCAGGGCGCUCUUCUGGCCGAGGUGGUGGAAGACACGGACGGGAAUGCGCCGCCGGGGCAUCAGCUCCGGAUGUCGGUCGAUUUUGGUGUCACGGUAUCCGUUUCGGAAAAAACCAAAAUACGUCGUGGAGUGGAAGUGCAGGUGCUGGAUUUGUCAUGCAAAUCUUCUCUGUCAUGCAGGGCCGGAUCACAAGCCUGCUCCUGCUACUAGUUUUGCAUUUGAGCAUCAGCAUUAACAUGUACAUGAGCAUCACCAUGCUGGCUCUCAUUCUGCAUGAGAAGGACUAAUCUCAAUUUGUGACUUCAACAUGAGAAGAGCUUCAACGUGAACUAAUCUGCAUGAGAAUGACUAGUCUCAUUCUGCAUGAGAUUGGCUUCAGCACGAGCAUCAGCUUCUUCAUGUACAUGGGCAUCACAGUGCUGGCUCUCAUUCUGCAUGAGAAAGACUAAUCUCAGUGAAUUUGUGAUGCAGCAUGGGCAUCCAGAGCCAAGCUGCUCGGCACAAUAAAGGCAGUCUGUGAUGCGGGUCGCGACAAUGUAGAUCUGUAAUGCUAGUAUUGGUGGUAGUUUGCAUCUGUCAUGCGCGGAACAAUAGGACUAGCACUAGUACAACUAGGCUGCGCUUUUCAACUCAAACAACAACAAUUAUGGACUAGAAAGCACGGCAGGUUCUUGUCAUACAAGAUCAAUAGCCACGCAGCACAGACGGCCCUUUAUUAUCUCCUCGACGUACUUUUGGUUUUCCGUGCAUAGUGCUGCUGGUUUUCCGAUGCAAUGUCCGCGCGCUACGAGGACCAGCCGGCAAAGUAUGCGAAGAAGGCGGGGGAAAAAAAAGAGCCGCAGCUUCGACCCGUCGUCCAGAACGGUUCCACGCACCUGAAGUUCUACCACAUGGACACGUCGAAGAGGCAGAGGCUCUGGCACAUGGCACCGUCAACCGAAUAUGAAUCCGAGUUCUACUAUCAGCACCGGGUGAACGAUCUCGGCGUCCCCGACACUGAAAAUCUGCGGCUUGGCUAUAAGCCGGCCAAAACCUUCCCGGAUCAUGAUCGCAUCGUCGGCAAGUGCACUGUCAUGCCGUGGGCCGACAUCUGUUUGUCGAAGAACGCGGAAGAGGAGAACAGGGAGUUGAGGAAGGAGAAGCGGCUGCUGCGGAACGCGCGCAUCGACUCACCGACCCGGCGAUCCCGCGACGAGAAGUGGGGGAAGGUGCCGCAAUCUAUUAGGAUGCCUGAAGUCGCGGCCAAUGGGCUCGGCGACCGGGUUUACGGCAUCUGGCAGAUAGAACAAAAACAGUGGUGGGGGUAUCUUGAAAAAGCAGUUCCCUUCGACCGCAGAAACGAGGUCCGGCCUAACGGCGCACAACCAGCAGGAGCAGUACCUGCCGCAGUCGGGAUCCAACCACCACAACCAUCAGGCUCGGGCGCGCAUGCAGGCGCGCGUGCGCAUGCAGGCGCAGGCGGGCACGUGCGCGUGCACACACAUGCACACGCGGGUGACGGGCGCGGGCGUGCACCCGCGGGUACAGGCGCGGGCGGGCAGGCGCAGGCGAGCGCGCCUGCGGGCGCACACGCAGGUACGGGCGCACACGCAGGUACGGGCGCACACGCAGGUACGGGCGCACACGCAGGUACGGGCGCGCACGCAGGUGCGGCCGCGCGCGCAGACACGGGCGCGCACGCAGAUACGGGCGCGCGCGAGCGUGUGGGCAAGCAACGCGCGGGUGCGGACACGCGCAAUGCCGCGCAGCCGGGCGACGAGCAGCAGCCUUCUGGUUCCGGAAAUGCAGGCGCACAACAGCAAAAUGGAGAUGAAGGGGAAGAUCAGCAACAGAAAAACAAAAAACCGUGUGCCGCCCGAAAGAAGUACUUCGUCGCCAAAACGCGGCAAGAAUUCGUCAGGAAGAUGGUAGAGUUUGAAAACGGGAAGAUCUGUGAGGUGGAGCGUGCCACACCGGAACAGGAAGUAGCUGCGAGCGCCUCGCUGGCGCAAUACCAGAAGGAGAACAAAGUUCUGGAGAAGAAACAGAAGGGCGAGGACAUCGAGCUUGACAGCGACAUGGAAAGCACAUACGAAGAGACCGAUGAUUCUUCCAACUUCGGAUCUUCAAGUGAUGACUCGGACUAAUGGUGCGGGGGAUGUAGCGCAUAAAGCUAAAGAUCAGGACUUAAAGACACAGAUAAAGUAGCACUACAACUACUAGCAUUGAAAGUGAGUAUGAAUAUAAUAAGAUUAAGAAUAGUAAUAGUUUUUGUUUUUGUUUUAGUUAUAGUUUUCCACUUCCUGUUCCUUAUCCUUUAGCUUUACCUUUUAGCUUUAGUUAUAGAAAUUGAAAUUGUAUUUCUAUUUGUAAUUGUAAUGGUAACUGAAUACAGGUGCAGGCACAGCUACAGGCAAGGGCGCCACUUCCACUACAGAAAGAGGCGCACUUCUUUGCCGCGAUGCUCUGCGCUAUUUGUGUUUCAUAAUCGUAUCAGAAUCAGAGUAAGUGCACGAUGCAGAUUAGCAUGAAAGUAAAUGUAAAACUCAGCCGCUAUGUCUAUUGGUAUUGCUCCAGCUAUUCGUUUUGGUCUUUGGUUCUGGUUUAUAAAUAUCAAUAAGAAAAAGAAUAAGAAAAUGAAAAAGAAUAACAGUUGCGCUUCCAGUUCUACUUCUAUAUCUAUCUCUCUUACUCUUUCUUUUUGACUUUGUAUUUGUAAUCGUAAUGGGAAUGGUAAUUCUAAGUCUAAUUGUAACUCCAAUUCGCAAUAGAAAUUGAAAAUGUAAAAAAAAUAAAUAUGAGUGCGCCAGCAGGAGCGCCUACGUCAUGAUCAUGAAGAAAAAUAAAAAGCGUGAUAAUAGGUUUAUGAUUUUAUCUUCGUGCUCAUGGCUUAUUUCACUUUUGUGUUUUGACUUUUUGUUACUGGAAGACGAAGAAAGAAACCGACUCUGGUCAUUGAUCUUGCUCUGUUUCGUUUCGUUUAUUAUCUGUAUCAACUACAUGAUCGAGGAAAUUAGUAACUAGAAUUACGCAUAUUUUUGCGUGGUGAAAAUGUUCCUUUCACAUGUGCGCGCACCUCUUUUCAUAUCAUAAACAUCCAUGUGAUCAUGCAGAUCAUGCAGAUUUGCAUCUUGAAUCUCAGCGCUUUCGACCGAAGUGCGAUCAUAUUCAAGAGCAUGGCGACAGAAUUAUCGAUGUCCUCGCGCAGUGGAUUAAGCAAAACCGACACCGAAAUUAGUGCACAGCCCACCACUUAGCAGACAAUUUGAAAAACUACACGCAGCUAAUGAAGACGCUGUGAAGCGUGACGCUGAAGAGCAAAACUCUUGCAUGGACAACAGAAAAGCAGCCGCUUUUUCUUGCAUUGUUAAUACAUGUAUUCCUGUACAAUAGAUUUUGCGCAUAACAAAUUGAAACAUAAAUCAAAAGAUGCUGUGCAUUCCGAUUGUUAGAAGAUUGGCGCUUCUAAUCCGGAAUGAGGUAAGGAAAGUAGAAAAUCAAGUGAGUAGUGCCUGCGCUCCACUGUAAAACCAGCGCGAAGCCGAGUAAUGCGUCUUGUUGUGUUCGUCGAUUUUUACUCGUCAGAAGCAGUCGGAAGAAAAAUAAUUGUCUUCGUUGGGGUCGAUGAUCACGUGGCUCUCAGCACCAAAAUGCCAGAUACAGAGCUAUCUCUUGUCAGAUUCAAGGUGAUGAAAUGGUCGUCAGCGGUGAUGGCCAAAGUGGCCAUUUUUAAUUUAAUUGAAAUUCUACUGCCGUGGAGCACUAUGACAGCAAAGGACGUCUUCUACCAUAUUUGACCAGAUCUCCUAUUCUAGUGGAAAAAAGCAGUAGAAAUUCAAUUAAAUUGAAAGUGACCAUUUUCAACAUCAUCAUCUGACGGCUCAAAGUCUUCUGAUAAUGUGUUGCAUCUUCAUCAUUUUGACCGCGUUUUCACCUCAAAACCAAUAGGAAUUGUGAGAGAAUAUUUGAAAAAUAUAUUGAAAAAAGGUGAGUCUUUCGACGUUACGUCACACUAAUCGUCCUUCGGACGAUGAAGUGGGGACGUUUUGCAGUCUCGUAGACUGUGGCGAGGCAGGCGUGCCAGAGGCAGAUCAUAUUCUGCUCCGCUUCUGCAAAAACGGUUACGACCCGAACAACAUGAGCCGCACCGUGGUGAAGUUGAAACAGCACCACGUGACCAACAGUGGCCGCCACGAGUGCAGCCGUCCCAUCGUGGGGGACAACUUAGCGUCUUUGCGCCACGCCGUGCGCGAGCGCGGCCGCGCCGACGGCCUGGACGGGUCUAAGAUGAGUACUAUUAUUUUUGUGUUUUUCAUGCCUAUAGUCUUCAUGUAUAAUCCAUUAGACCGUGCGCAGUUCCAUAGUGUUUUGCUUGUUUCGGGUUCAUCACGCAUUCAUAUGUAGUGAGAAACUUUGUGCAUAACUACACAGAAAAUGUCGCAUGUUGUCGUGCAUUUCUCCUUGCGAGGAGGGCAAAGCGUCUUCGUGCACAAUGUUACAAGUCAGAAAAAAUCUCCUCGUGCAAGCAUUUUACAGCUUUCUGAUUUCAUGCGCGUCCACAUCGUUAGUCGUACACAGAGCACGUUCGAGGUACUGCAUAGCAAAAAAAUGCACGUUCGAUGAGCUGCGUGUCAUAUACAAAAAGCACGCCCACGCGCACGUUCGAACUACUGCGUGUCGUAGUCAUUGUCAUAUGCAAAAAAUAAAAAUUUCUUCCAUUUUCAUUUUUAUUUUCACUUUCAGUUUCAAUCUCAAUUGCUAAAUAAAAAUUAUAAACUUCCAGGACUCGUGGCAGUCGACUAUACGGGAACUGGUCGCUUCGACUUCCAGUUCGCGUUCGUGCACGGCGGGCAUACCUGCUUAGCGUUCCUGCUGGAGGGAUGCGAUCCGGAGCCCUUUAUUGUGGAUCUGGUGCUACUAAGUCCAGACGUGGACCGCCAUCCCGAGCUUUUGACCAAGUUCGUCAUGCUCAAGAAUAACACCCCCGAAGGGAUGUGCAACGGGUGGAUCGAAACCACCGUGCUCGCCGGAAAGGUUCGCAGUUGUUGUUGUUAGAUUUUAUUUUCAGCCAGAUGAUCCUCAUCUUCAUCUUACAUCUUAGAUGAUAGUUGUAGUGUUUCUUUUUGCAUUGUGACCGUUUUGCAUCACAAAUUGAAGUUUUACUUUUACACAAACUACAAAAUGAAAAUCUAAAACAAAUACAGUCCUGGCCCAAGUUCAACCAGUACCGCGACACGCAGGCCCGCGCGGGCAGAACCCCGGACGAGUUCGAUGUGUGGAUCGAACGACUUGCGGGCCCCAAAUGGCGCGGGCAGCUGAAGAGUUAUGGGAAGCAUGCCGUGACCAUGUUUAAUAGAGGCGUGGUCCAAGAAUACACCCAUUUUGGGUUGAGCGUCAGCCAGAUGGUCCCCCGCCCGAAGCACAACGAUGGACACUUAAAAUUCUUCGCUUACAGCAACGUACUGAUUUUUUUUCCACUUCCGUUCGAGCAUCAUUCUGAGAGUUUUAAUGUGCAAGUACAUGCGCAUGUUCAUGACAGGCUUCAGGUUUCUCUUUCUCUUGUAGCUACACCUACAUGUAGAUCACAUUCACUUUUGCAUACAAAAACAAGCGCAAGCUUUGAACUUAAGCUUCAAAGUAAAGUUGCAAACUUUAAUUUAAAUUUUAAAAAUCAAAACAGAACACCCUGUCCUCGAUCAACCCGUACACCGACACCAUCAUCGAGAGUGGAAAUGUCCAGCUUGACAUGCACUACGCCGUGAGAGUCAUCCUGCAGUUCGCGGCCGGCUGCCAGGCCGACGUCGUCCCGUGGUCUGAAUAUCCUUUGCAAAAGCAUCACGUCCUUUCUCAUAGUGAGCGGAUUUUCGCAUUACAAAUUGCAUUGCAAGUAGUUUGUGUAUCUUGCCCUGAAACUGCGUGACAGAUUGCUAUUCUCAUGCUGCACAAGAUCGUGGUUCAGCUACUGGCACUGCUAGUGCUACUGUAGCAGAGUAUAGUCGUGAUGCUUUUCCUUUUGUGAAGAUUCAUAGGACCGUCGAGGAGGACAUUUUGACCAUGUUGAUCAAGACCAACCUGGCCCCGGCCAAAAUUCCGGACCGCAGCAACGAGGCCAAGAAGUGCAGGACCAGCGAGGAGAUGCAGUUGAUCUUGCCCAUCAAGGAGCGGAACAUCAAGUCCAACGUCGUGUCCCUCUUCAAGGCGAUGAAAAAGGUGAAGGACUUCUAUUCCAGCAAGAAAGAGACAGGUUUGUCCGAAGAGUCGGACUUGAAAGAAGCCAGUGAUCUGGAAAAGAAAGCGAACCCCCAGUACUGGGGUUUGAACUUCCAGGGGAACUGGGUUUUGUCCAAGGAGUUCAAGCGCACCCAACAGCAGAAGGCCGACGAAGACUUCCUGCUCACCAACGUGGCCCAGCUGAUCAAGACCAAGUACAAGUUCUGUGCGGGGAACCUGGGCUCGUCCGUCCAGUGCCAUGUGGUUCCGUUCGACAAGAACAUCCCGAAAGCCACGCUCCUGGAGCGGCUCAUGUACGUGAUCGGAAGCCAGAAGGAGUCUUUGUUCAUCCACAAGUUGAAGGACGCCUGCCCGAGCGACCACAUCGAGCGGCUGACGGAGUGCGUGACGGACGGGACGCUGCUGCUCCCCCUCGUCCCCACCACUGCCGACCCCGCUGGAAAGGUGGACUGCUUCGAGAUCGACGAAAAUGUGGACGUCUCCUUGAACUGGAAAGGAAAAGCCGCCGCAGCCGCGAAGGGCGGAAGAGCGCCCGCAGCCGGAAAAGCGAAGAAAGACAAAGCCCAGCCCGCGAACGCGAAAGCCGCGGCCGCUUCGGGAAAAGGAAAGGCUGCCUCCCCCCCGCCCGAGGCAAAAGCUGCAGCUGCGGUAGCUGCGUUGAAGAAGGUAUAGUAAAUCUAAAUAGCAAUACAAUUACAAAUACUAUUUCGAUUAUUAAAUCUAAAACUAAAUCAUAAAGUUAAAGACAAAGACUCAAAUGAAAAAGCAAAGUGUAAACUUUAGUUGAAAAUCAGACUCAGUUCAACCUGAGAGAGCGAGAAGGUAGAGUCGACAAGUCGUGUAAGAGAAGUUAUUUGCAACUUUGCGAAAAAAUCUGUCAGAUGAAGUGCGAUGCUUUUGUCGAGUGGGUGUCUUGUGCUCCUGGUUUUGUAUUUGAGUUUGUGUCUCUCGGUUUUUAUGCGCGCAUUCGCUGCGCGAAUAACAUCAACAAGUGCAACUGCCCGCGUGUGUGCGCGCACACCCGCGUACGUGCGGGUACGUGUGCGUGCACACGGGCGUGCGCGCGUGCGCGUACACGCAUAUGUGCACGCGCGCGUACGUGCACGCACGCAUACGUGCACGCGCGCAUACGUGCACGCGCGCAUGUGUGCGCGCACGCAUACGUGCGCGCAUGCGUACGUGCACGCGCGCGUACGUCCGCGCACGCGUACGCACACACGCGUGCGUGGGUGCGCGCGUACGCACAUGCACACGCGCGCGCACCUACGUACGCAUGCACGCACCCGCGCGCACGGAUGUGUGCGCGCACAUUCGCCUGUCCGCGUCUGCGAACAGGUGCGUGCGCGUACAAAUGAAGUUCUUGCGUUUUUGUUGCUGCAGGCACAGACUUUUAAUACCAAACCAGGAACAAAAGAUUGCCACUGAAGUCACCACACUCAUCUAACAGAAACUGUCAGCGAUUUUGAUUUUCAGUGGCGCUUCCUCAGCUGCAUCACCAACAUCCCAAACAUAAAAUACAAACAAAAUCUCACAGAAGGAUCCCAAUGCUCCGCCGUCCCCGGUGAUCGAGAACCAGCUGGGUCUGCCGGACGAGACCGCGGAGGAGAAGUUGAACCGCGAUGCCAAUCGCCAGCGGUUGGAAAAGGACCCCAAGAAGUGCUCUUUGGAAUACCUCUCCGGAAAACAGCCGAAAGCGAUGCGCUGGUGCAUGUGUGUCCCGUCCGAGUUUUCGCACUUGACCGACCCGGAAUUAGAUAAGCAUCAUGAGUUAUUACACAAGUUGCGGAUAUUAGUGAAACCGGACAACACGAUGUACGACAUCGGUAAAAUCGGCGACGGCGUCGACUUCUCCAUCGACAAGCUCUUCUUCAACCCCAGCGAGAAGCGGUUCCAAGGAAACUGGCAGUUCCCGAAGGGUGGUCCGCAGGCCCAUAGUUUGGGACUCAGGUAUUUACUGUUAUUUAUUUUUUGAUGUUCAUCUUCAUGCUACGUCAACGUCUACUAGCACUAGCACUCGCACUGCAAAUCCAAGUUCAAAUUUGAGCACGUGUCCAAGUACUAGUAGAAGUGCCGUUACUAUUUGCAUUUCGAUUUCGCUUUUUGUUUUCGGAUUCUUGCAUGAUAGGUAGAUGCAGUUCCAAUGUUCGCUCGAUCUUCAUCUUUUGCAAACGAAAUUGAAACUGAAAACCAAAUCGCACUACAGUCACAUCAAAUAUUUUUGGAAGUGCAGUGAUGCUUCCAAAUGUGACCGCUCCAAAAUUAUUUUUUGGCGGACCAUUACGGAGGAGAUGCCAUCUUCCGCGGAGAAGAACGCCCCGAUGGUGAAGAUAUCCUUUCAAGUCCCGCUGGAAACAGGAGUCAAGGCGCUCGGCAAUAGUAAGAAACAGAAAACGCGAUGCUAGAAGUGGAGAGAAGAAAGAAAGUGUAAAGAGAAGUAAAGAAGAAGAAAGAAGUAAAGUGAAGAAAAAAAAGACCCCCAGAGAAGAAAAGGGGAAAGGAAGAAAGGCAUUUUUGUUUUUGGUGCUCCUCCAGGUAGUAGGCAUGCAAUUUUGGAACUGUUUUUUUGGCACAGGUGCAAACACCAACUCCAUCACCACAGAUACAGAAGUUGAUCAUGAGAAAAAAAGUGAAACGCUGAAGCAUCCUAUUUUCGUUUUCCACAUGACCAAGAUAUCUUCAUUAUCACUAUUUCGUGCUUAUGCAUGUCUCCAAAAAAAAAAUCAGGUUUUGCAUCCACCGCGCAGCUUCGAAUGAGACCUCCUCUGUCGUGAAGCACAAGAUACCUCCGCAUGAGAACUCCUCUGUCGUGAAGCAUCUGUUGUAGAACGGGAAAGAGACUUGAUGUAGUAAUUUUGUCAAUGUUACGCUAGCACUACUAGUAGCGUUGUUCUUAUUUGUGUUUCGCUUUCGCUAUCUAGCUUCCAAGAUCAAGAAGAUGAAAAAAACAAAAUAACAAUCAAAGCUUCUCUUAUGUAAGAUUAGCCUGUGGGCAGAGCUAGAAGUCGAUUUGCAAGCUACCAAAUUUUCACAGUUUUCCUUUGAUAGUUUCACCCGUCGUGCAUUUUUUGCUUCUCUAGAAACGGAUUCUACUUUUUCAACUUCGCUUUUCACUUAUUGGAAUCAAAAUUCGUAUGCAGCAUCACUAUUAUUUAUUUUUAUACCGUAUUCUUUGCCUCAGUUUGAUUUUCGCUUCCUCUAUCGUGUAGUACUGAAGUAUGUUCGCCUCGGUUUGAUUUUCGCUUCGUAGCCGCACGUAGAAUGAAGUAUGUUCGCCGAGACGGGAAUCGUAUGAAAAGUCCCCGCUUCUACAUCUAGAUCUACUAUGAGCUAUCUUUUUGUUUUUCGACUGAGCUUUUUUUUGUCGUCGGCCUCCUUGUCCACACUGAUUCUAGACAUGACGCAUCACAGCCAAAGCGUGUGGAUUGGAGACUUGACAACAGGCGCCUUUAGUAAGAAGAAGUCGAAGUUCUACACCUGCAGUUGCUUCGUUGCGAUUUUCAUUUUCUCGCUUCGCUUUGCACAGACAUCUACUUCCAGUUGUAGAAGGACCACACUACGUAGAAAUAGAAAAGGAAAACCGUAGCGCAAAUCUUAGUUAUGAAUAAAGAUGACUCGACUGAGCUUGCACUUGUUCGAAGCUACUUUGCUCCGGUUCUUUUAGUUCAGCGAGCAUCUACAACUUCAAAAUUUCCUAGAAAGAAAGGAGUAUUGAAACUCAAAUACAAAUUGUAGCUCUAGCACUGAUUUGAUUUUCAUUUUCAACGUCCGUGACCAUGUGAGUUGGAGUGUCAAUAUCUGCUAUCUGAGCUUCUGCCGUCCUGUAGUCGCCUGGUUGCGUUUCCCGUAGUUUGCCGCAUAGCGUGGCACAACAAAGAAGUAGUACUAGCGAGCAUCUACGUGCGUAGUCUCUGACUUCAGGAAGGUAUGUUUGUUUAUGUCAACCGGUCGCCUUGGUCGGGCAGUGUUGUAGAUGUUUCGCAUCUGCAGCAUUGCUCAACCUAGACCCCUUAUGAAUGUUUCGCACUCAUCAUGAAAAAGAACAAGAGCUGGUAUUUGGACGCUAGGUUCUACAAAUAACGUAGAGACUCAGCCUUGUUCGAAAACUGUCUCACCUCGCGUUGCGCCACUUCAGUUUCUAUUUCGAAAAGAAUACAAAAGUAGCAGGAGGCUUCGUCAUAAAACUGGAAGAGCGUUAUCGCCAUGUUUGUCGCGCGCGUCUGCAAGAAGCCGUACCUGCAGUGCCGCGAUUUGAUUUUCAUUUUCAUAUCUGUAUAGUUCGCAGCGCUCGCAACUAUGGCUGCUCAUUACAUUAGACUACCCCCCAUCGAAGCUGUGAAUUUCGUUUUCUUUUUGUGGUCAAAUCAAAAUUAAUUUGAGAUAUGUUCGUAGGCUACCCAAUCCGACUUCAGCACCAGCAUUGACGCUUUGAGUUUGGCGCUUCCAUUUGACUUUUAAUUUUAUUUGCAAUAUACAAAACGUACUAGUAGAAGCGUUUGAUUGAUCCAUCGUAUCACCGCCGGCUGGCAUCAAGGUCACAUCUCUCGCUGUGGUCCUUUUUGCACUUUCGGCAUAAACCUCCUUUUUAUUUGAGUGCUCCGUGUCUUUGUCACUUGCGGAGGCAACGCUUUCGAUACAACUUUUGCUGCUGAGAAGGAAAGGAAGUGCAUAUCGACAAAACACGAGCACAAGCUACUUGCGCUUUUAAGUGUAGUUUCAUUCGCAAGAUGGUUUUCAAUCUGAUAACCGCUUCGCCUGAAUACAAGCACCGGUCAUCUAGUAGCUUUGUGGUGAGUGCUAUCGUGCGUGCACGUCCUCGACCGGAUUGCGAUCCGCGUCGGAGCGUCAGUGCCGGUAUCAUAUUCUCACCACCGUGAACUACUUUUAGCACUACCCCGGACGUCGACGUUUUCAUUCGUCACUGCCCCCCGGCAAUUUCGGAAAUCACUCUGAUAACCUAGUCACGCUGCGAGUGAUGCACACUGAAUGAGAACUGAGUCUGAAACUGCUUUGCUUCUACCCGAAACAACUUUCGCUCUACCCAUGAAAUUAAAACAUGCGUGUUUGUUCCAACAUUCAAAAUGAAAAUAGGACGCCCACACAGCUGCAGGGCCGUCGAUAGGUGCGAAGCAUUACAGCAGUGUCCGUAGUGCUGCCAGUAACGGUGUUCAGGUUCUUCUCCCUUCGAGAGGUCCAUUAGUUGAAAUCAUCAUACAGAAUCAGUAUCAGAAUAAAGAUCAACAGGAAGAUGACUAUCAUAACCAAGAGCAACGCGUUUCAUCUUCCUUGAGUUUGAGUUUCCAGAUGUAGUAGCCGGCGAGAGUCGUAAUAUGUAUCUGAGUCACCAUCUCGUUCUCGAUGAGUGUCGAGCUUUUCGCUUUCCUUCGUCGUCUUCUGGUUUACAUGGAGCAUGUGAGAUGUGACGUCGGUGGAUGCACCAAAAAUAAAGAAGCGUGUAGCUCAGGGGCAGCAAAGAGAGAAGCACUUUCUCCGUCUGUCUCGAUCCAGUGUAGAUCUAGGCCCACAUCCGCUUUGAUUUCGUGUCCGACCUCUUCUGCCAAAAAAAAACGUCCGUGAGGAGAGGACAUGGUGACGCAGUCGUCCCGCAACUUCAAGAGGACAUGUUGAUGCAGCCGUCCCGCAACGCUUCGGAGCUCGUCGUCGUGAGGGGAAAAACUUUCAACGAUAAGUACUACUUCGGGCAGCCGCUCUGCAGCAUGGUCCUCCCGUAAAACCGUGAUGCAUUGCCGCCCAUCGCAACGUCAUCCGUUCUUAUGUUUUGUUAUUGCUGUUUUACUUUUAGUUUUAGUUUUACUUUAGCUUGAAGCUUUCAUUAUUGCAGGGCUGCUUGGUCUUAUGCAACAUAGUAAGUCUCAACUGUGCGCAUGAUCUUACUGAUUUUAAUUUCAAUUUAGUAUUGGUUCUGCAUGACAGCCUUGUUAUCUUGGUCGACUUCCCAUUCUCCAAGCUGAGAAGUAAGAUGUGUCUGCAAAUCGCCCUGAGCUCGUAUCAACAGCAAUGGCAAAAGAGAACGAUCGCGGUAGCGAUGGGUGGCGUUUUUGUUUUUGAUACCCGUUCGCCCCACGGUCCCGCGUACUACACGAAAGUCGCGAUCCCCUACAAGUCGCGGGCAAAACGCUUCAAGUCGGAGGACUACGAAAAGUGGGAGUUGCGGGAGGAUGACACCCACUGGGAGAUCUAUCGCAUCCUGCCUGCGAUUGGCGAAAAGUGGGCCAGCGUCGAGCGCGUGGUGCGGGUUCUUCAGCUUCUACUUUAACUUUAGUCUUUUGGUAAAUAAAUUGCGCGCGUACCUAGUGUUCCGGUUAUGUUGAGGCACUUCUACAUCUGGGAGCGUCCUCGACUCUUUCGUGUACAUCUCAGACCUACAAUCAAAACCACCGCAAUCAUUGACACAGAUUCCCAAGGCGGAGUGGCCGGGGACCCCGGAUGGCUGGCUGCAGCCGCUGGUCGCCGUGGCCCCGACGAAGGCCCCGACGAAGCGGAAGGCGGACACACCCGUAGCCGGGCCCGCGCGACGACGACCCCGUCGCGACGUGCCUAUCUGAUGACCCGCAGCUGGUUGCUUCCGCAGUCUGUCGCGAUUCUGCGUCAGCUAUGUCGCGCAUCGCCUAAAGAAGAACAAAGACAGAUGGGCGUGACGGAUAUGAGAGGCGAAACAGGAGAUGCUAAUAGAUCUAGAUGUGCUUUUGGUUUUGCUUUUGCACAAGUACAAGCAGACGUAGAAUAGGACGGCAGAAAUUGAAAUCAUGAAAAAGGCAGUAUGAAGAACAACAAACGUAGAACCAAGACCAACGAAAUGGCUUCAGAUAGAACAUUGUUCAGAGUUUGUAUCUUCUAGGCCCUAACCCAAAUCCAAACCUACGCUCCGGGGCCGCGCAAAAGUUCCUCCUACUUAUGCCCGUUUUCCAACAAUUCAACAAGCCACUGAGAUGAUAAAAAUGAUCAGCGUUGCAGCGUGUAGAGACAGGUUCGAAAUGAGCUCGCAGCUGUUGAGGUCGUAGCUCAAAACGCACUGAGGCAAAGACAACGGAAGACAGGCCUUUUCAUUAUCAAGAAGAGCUCACCGCCCUACGGAUCUGCUACAGAAAGCAAGAAGAAGAAUGUUCCUAACCAAGUCGCUUCCAUGGCAGUAAAAGCGUGUAGAAGGGCCAAAGUGAUUCGCUGUCCCAGAUCACCCGGCUGACCAUCAUCGAUCAAAAUCAACAACUGAUCAGCUUUAUGGUAGUCACUAAAGAUAAUUGAAAUUCUGCGAGUAUGCGUCUUUUCGUUGCGGGGGAGUGGGCAUCCCAAUGUACAUCAACACCCACUUAUUCGCUUGCGUUCAAUUGUUAAAAUCGGUAACCGGAAUACCUAGCUAGAAUAAACCAAACAGAUUUGCAGGCGUUAAGAGCCGAGAGUCGGUUAGAUACGAAGUUCGCAAUUUGGAUAUCAAUAGUAAAAUCUAGCUAUUUUUAUAGCUAUCGAAGUCCGGAAUUAAGAGGUUUUGUCCGACCAUAAUCACAAGUUCUUGCAACCUUCCAGCCCAAGACAUAUUUGCACUUACAUACAGUCCGGGCUACUCCAAAACGGUAGAUGGGAGCGUGACGGGCAGCAGCGGAAAACAGCUGGUAGAGCGGAUCAGGAACGAAAACGAGGUGGACUUUUUGAACGUGAAAAAAAAGGACUGGGAAGAGGAAAACGGAAAGCAACUACUUUUCCCAGAAAUGCACUCGAAGCACCUUUGAUAGAAGAACGGACGAAUUUUCGUUCGUGUGGAACAAACCAUCAUAGUUGUAGUUCUGGUUGUAUCAUACUUUUUACAACACGACGAAU